AUCAGGAUGAUGCUCUGCGGCCAAUGGCCCGCUGGUGGACGCAUUUAACCGUCAGAUGCUUGGGAUGAUUAUGGAUAUCUUAUAUUUUCUGUGGAUGCUUCCAACGGUAUGGGCUCUGGAAGAAAUACUAAUGGAUUCAACAACAGCAACUGCAGAACUUGGCUGGACCAUCUAUCCAUCACAGGGGUGGGAAGAGGUUAGCGGCUAUGAUGAAAACAUGAACACCAUCCGAACUUACCAGGUUUGCAAUGUCUUCGAUAGCAGCCAGAACAACUGGUUACGCACCAAAUACAUCCGCCGUCGUGGUGCUCAGCGCAUUCAUGUCCAGAUGAAGUUCUCAGUUCGUGACUGCAGUUCUAUACCCAAUGUUCCAGGCUCCUGCAAGGAAACCUUCAACCUAUACUACUAUGAGUCUGACUCGGAAACAGCUACUAAAUCAUCACCUCCCUGGAUGGAAAACCCCUGGGUGAAAGUGGACACUAUAGCAGCUGAUGAAAGUUUCUCUCAAGUAGAUCUUGGUGGUCGCAUCAUGAAGAUAAACAGUGAAGUCCGGAGUUUUGGACCUGUUUCACGCAAUGGCUUCUACCUUGCUUUCCAAGAUUAUGGUGCCUGCAUGUCACUCAUCGCUGUUCGGGCCUUCUACAGGAAAUGUCCCCAAGUGGUCCUUAAUGGUGCUAUCUUUACCGAGACCCUGUCUGGAGCAGAGGGCACCUCAUUGGUAGCAGCCAGAGGGGUGUGCAUUCCCAAUGGGGAGGAGGUGGAUGUACCCAUUAAGCUGUACUGUAAUGGGGAUGGGGAGUGGAUGGUACCCAUCGGGCGCUGCGUGUGCAAAACCGGAUAUGAAGCGGUGGAAAAUGGUACAGUCUGCAGAGCUUGUGUAUCAGGUUUCUUUAAGGCCUCACAGGGAGACCAAAAAUGUCUGCAGUGCCCCAUUAACAGUCGAACCACAAGCGAGGGAGCAACUAACUGUGUCUGCCGCAGCAACUUCUACCACUCUGACUCUGACCCUCCGCAGAUGCCCUGUACUACUGUCCCAUCAGCUCCACAAAACGUCAUCUCCAUAGUAAAUGAGACCUCUCUGAGGCUGGAGUGGAGCCAACCACAGGAGGCUGGUGGCCGAGAAGAUAUGGUCUACAACAUCAUAUGUAAGAGCUGUGAUAGUGGACGAGGCGGCUGCACCCGCUGUGGAGACAACGUACAGUUUGUCCCACGCCAGCUGGGACUCACCGACACCAGUGUCCACAUCAGCGACCUCCUGGCUCAUACCCAGUACACCUUUGAAAUACAGGCUGUCAAUGGAGUGUCUGACCAGAGUCCAUAUUCACCACAGUACACAUUUGUCAACAUCACUACCAACCAGGCUUCACCAUCAGCAGUGUCCAUUAUCCACCAGGUCAGCAGAACUCCUAAUAGUAUCACACUGUCCUGGUCUCAGCCUGAUCAGCCCAAUGGAGUUAUCUUGGACUAUGAACUGCAUUACUAUGAGAAGGUACAAUAGUUUUCAUAAUCAGGUUUUAUUGCCAAGCAGGUUUACAGAUACAGAAAAAUA